UAUUAUUAUUAUUAUUAUUAUUACUAUUAUUACAGUUAUUAAAAUUUGUUUCUCUCUUUUCUCUCUCUCUCUCUCUCUCUCUCUCUCUCACUCUCUCUAAUUUUCUUUACGAAAGAUAUGUGACACGUGUUUUGAUGUGUAAUCUUGCUGUUGCUCUGGCUCUUUUGAAACGUGCUCGUGCGCGGGAAAAUCGUUACGGACGCCAACGUUCUCCAUCUUCUUCCGCAUUCUCUUUCCUUUCGAACGAUCGUGAAACGAAUAGGAAGAACAGAAGAGAGAAAGCUCUGUUACGAUGGCAUGAGCCAAAGAAAAGUAACUUCUUCAUGGAUCGUUCACGAAAAUCGAGAAAUGUCGCGUCAUCAUCGUGGACCUCCGUCGAAGUCGCAAGACAAACAAGACGACGAUUCGCGUGGCGAUUCAGGAUGACCGUAAUCGAUUUUCGAUCGAUACUGAUUUUCAUCGCACUCAUGCUCGUCAACGUAUCAUCUUCAUAUAUACCAGAAAAGUAUCCGAUCGAAGUUUAUCAUAUGCUACAGGAGAGAACUCAAUUUGGAAUUGGUCGGGAGAAUCGUGUGAGAGGUACUUGGGGUACCUGGAGCAGCUGGAGCGAAUGCUCAAGAACCUGUGGCACGGGUAUCCAAUCUCAAUCACGAGAAUGCGUUCCUCUUCGAAAAGAUUUAAGAAAACGAAGCGUUAUCACGGACAAUGGCAUGACACAAAACAAAAGGCCCAUUUGUAUCGGCACAUACAAGAGAUAUCAUACGUGCAACACACAGGAAUGUCCGAACUUUGCCGAGGACUUACGAGCAGAACAGUGCGCUAGAUACAAUGGAAGAAAUUACAAAGGACAUAUUUACACUUGGAUUCCAUUUUUGGAUGCGCCGAACUCGUGCGCGCUCAAUUGCCGUGCAGUCGGGCAGCGUUUUUACGCAACGCUUGAACCGGCAGUAAUGGACGGCACACCCUGCGACGGUCCAAAUCUUCGUGGACAUAAUGCCGGAAUUUCAAUGGAACGUACGGAACGUUGGCUCUGUGUCGCUGGACAAUGCAAGUCCGUAGGUUGCGACGGUGUGAUUGGUUCAGGGGCAACGAUGGAUGCCUGUGGUGUUUGUGGAGGGCGAGGACAAGGUUGCAGGCUAUUCGAAGGUAUUUUCAUGGAACCAAUCCUACCAAAGGGUCAUCAUUCGAUAACGACGAUCCCAAAAGGUGCUAUGUCUCUGAACAUUUCCGAGUUACGUUUCAGCGCAAAUUUCUUAGCACUCAGGGACAGCAAUGGCAGUUACGUUCUAAACGGGCCCUGGUCUUACAGUCCCAGUGGCACUUAUAAAGCGGCUGGCACGACAUUAACAUACCAAAGGGGAGAUAGAAACCGCUUGGAGUGCAUCUUGGCGACUGGACCGUUAAACGAUUCUCUGCAGUUAGAAAUCUUAUUUCAAGAAUUAAAUCCCGGCGUUCUCUACAAAUACAUGUUACCACUGAAAGAUACAUUAAACGGAGUAGGAGGAGGAGGUGGAAGAGCAAGAGGAAGAGGUGGAAGAGUAGAUGGAGGAGGAGGUGGAGGAGAAGGAAGAGGAGGAAGAGGAGGAGGAGGAGGAGGAGGAGGAGGAGGAAAUUUAUUACCUCCAAUUUUCAAUGCAAUAUCGAGCAAUGAUCAAAGAGGCAAUGAAAUUCCCGACGGUGGUUCUCAUGGAAUCGUUAAUACUCCCCCGACGAGAACAUCCAUUCAUAGAACUGAUUUUUCUCAGUCGCGAGGAUUUAUUAAUCACGAUCGUACAAGACACGCGUCACGAACGGAAGAAAUGAAACGUCCACCGACAAUAGUAAUGGCCGGUGAUCAGCCUAAUUCAAAAACAAAAAAGAAAAAGCGCAAGAAGUUUGUCUGGAAAGUAGCAACGGCCUGCUCGAAAGAGUGCGGGGGAGGCAUACAAACGUCAAUUUGGACGUGUGUGCGUGAGGAUAGCGAAACAAUAGCACACGAAAAACGUUGUCGUAAUUCGGAAAAACCUGUUACUUCAAAAGUGACGCGAUGUAACGAGCAGCCCUGUCCAGCUAGAUGGAGAGCAGAUAAUUGGAGCGAAUGUUCAGUCACCUGUGGCGUUGGCAGACGAACGAGAAAACUCGAAUGUGUGCAAGAAUUAAAUUCGAGAUUGACGAUGCGUGUUGCGUUAGGUGCUUGCGUUCAACCACCCGAUUUAAAGACCGUAGAACUUUGUUCGAAGCCAGCCUGUCCGAUUACGAAUACACCUGAACUGAGAAAUAUGGAACCAUUGUCAGUAUCAAUAGCUUCAUCAUCGACGGCUGAAACUUAUUCACAAUCUACGCAGAAAUGGAAUGUUGGAACUUGGAGUCCAUGUUCAACUAGUUGCGGAAAAGGAUUUAAAACUCGAACGGUCACCUGCAUAACAUCCGGUGAAGCAUGUCCAUUGUCAAGCAAGCCUUCAUCUCAAGAAGAGUGUGACAACCCAUCGUGUUUAGUCAGUAAUAAAAAUGAAAGAAGCUCUGAACAACGUGCUCCAUGGUUAUAUUCUGCUUGGUCACCUACGUGUUCUACGGAAUGCGGUAAAGGAAUCGAAAAUAGACGUGUGGCUUGUUCCGAGGGAAGUGAAUUAUUUUGUGAUCCCAAGGAGAAACCGGAAACUGAGAGGCAAUGUUUCGGAAGUGGAAUAAAUUGCGACGAUGCUAAAUGGUUCACCGGUCCAUGGACUUCCUGUUCCGUAUCUUGCGGAAUUGGUGUACAGUAUCGAGACGUGAUAUGCAUCUCAAAGACAAUGAAAAAAGAUAAUGGAGAAUAUACUGUAUUGGAAAUGAAAAACUGUAAUGGCACGAAGCCAAGAAACGAACAGGCUUGCGAGGCACCGCCUUGUUCUGCGGAAUGGUAUAUUUCCGAUUGGUCCCAGUGUUCAGUUACAUGCGGCAGUGGCGUGCAAAAAAGAUUAGUCCGUUGUAUCCUCGAAGGUAUUAGUAGCUCUAAUUGCAAAGAGUUUAUUAAACCGAACGAAAUGCAACGUUGCAACAUGGAACCAUGUAAAAAGGAUAUCACGUUACUAAAUAAAUCACCAAAAAGUAAAAGUUUUAGAAUCAUCCGAAUGCGUCGACAAGUAUCCAGAUUGCGAUUUGGUGGUCAAAAGUGGACUAUGUCACAGGAAAUAUUACAAACACUCUUGUUGCCGAUGUCGAGACUAGUCUCGUACUAAUUAAUGAUAAUUGAAAAA